AAUAUAAGUCAAUAACCUCGGAUACUCUUCCACAAAUGGAUAUAGAAGCAGAGAUUUUGGAGCCAUUUCAACUCCAAUACGCAGAUCUUAUACACUUGUCUUCAAACUCUUCUGAUUAUUCAGAAGAAGAAAUUUCAAGGCUUGAUUCUAUCUCCAAAACUAUAUUAGAAACCCUAGGUCCUACCGGACCUGGUCUUCUUGUUGUUACUGGAGUUCCUCAAGGAUCACAACUUCGUCGUGAUCUUCUUCCAUUCGCUCAUCAACUUGCUCUUUUGAAUCAUCAUGAUCGUCGAAGAAUACUCAAGGACCAUGGCUUGGGCACUGACGUUUGUUUGAAGAACCCAGAUAGAGCAGUCUCCUCUUUUGUAUCUCAAUUAAAAUAUGUUCAGGAUACAAGUGUUAAUGUCAGUUCUAAUGAAUCAGUUGAGAAGUCGAAAAAGAAUUCAGAAUGGCAGAAAAAUGUGGAUAGUUUGUGUAGGUUCCGAGAUGAUAAGUUUAAGAAUGUGGGAAACAGUUUUAAGGAACUUGGGUUUUGCAUGAUGGGCAUAGGACUCCAGCUAGCACGUGUGUGUGAUAAGGCCAUUGGUGGGAAGGAGCUAGAACAAAGCAUAUUGGAGUCGUGCACUGCAAAAGGACGCCUAGUACAUUAUCACUCAACUCUGGAUCACUUUCUCUUGAAAGAGGCUGCUAGAAAAGAAGUGUCUAGAAAAGGUAGAACCAACUGUGAAUUUCAACUUGGUGAGAAAUUAAAGGUUCACAGAGAGGAGGAUCAAACAUCGGUUAAGGCAUCUAAACUGAAAACAAGUGUAAAUGAAGCUACAUCCUGUCAAAUUUCUCUUUCUAACUUAUGGCAACAGUGGCAUUAUGACUACGGGAUUUUUACUAUUCUAACCUCUCCCAUGUUUAUGUCCUCCUAUCAAAUAUCAACAACAGAGGCAAGUGAGCAGGAGUAUUCACUGCCUGAUGGCCACGAUAGUUUACAAAUAUUUGAUGCAAACAAGAAUAAAAUCUAUGUGGUGAGAUCUCCACCUAAUAGUUUUCUUGUUCAGGUAGGGGAGUCAGCGGAUAUCCUAUCAAAAGGGAAGCUUCAUUCAACCCUCCACUCUGUUUGUAAGCCUACAAAACAAGAUGAUUUAAGCAGAGAGACAUUCGUUGUUUUCCUGCAACCAGCUUGGGACAAAAGGUUUUCUAUCUCUCAACUCCCUAUAGAAUCCACAAUAUCUGACUCUUUGAGAUCUAAUACCAAUGAACAGGAGCCAGAUAUACUAAGUCAAGAAAUACAUAAAAUUAUUCCAUCAUUGUCAUCACGCUUGAAGGAUGGGAUGACAUUUGCAGAGUUCUCCCAUCAAACGACGAAGCAGUAUUUUGGUGGCAACGGUAUGCAGUCAAAGAGAAAGAGAGGCAAUAUUUCAAUGUCCAAUCAGAAGUUUCUCACGGGAGGAAAAGGGUAUGUAACAAGAAGUGAAGAAGAAGGAGGAGGAGGAGGAGAAGGAGAUGAUGGGAAAUUCAGUAACACCCUUGAUCCCCACCCCCCUACCCUAUCUCAGAUCCGUUUUGAAGUAAGGGUAUUUAGGUGAUUGCUUAUGGUUUCAUUGGUUUGCUGACUAUGCCCAUGUGAGUAAGGCCAUAUGGUUUUAUGAAGAUGCAGAGAGAGAGACAGAGAGAGAGGGGGUGAGAAAUGAGAAUCUCUUGUAAAAUACUCAUGUCAGGGUUAGACACAUUCGAUUUAGGCUGUGUUGGACUGUUGAUGUACUUGCAAGUUAAACCUAUGAUUUUGGUGGACUGAUGGGAGGGGAAGAAAUGGUGGGGCCCAGCAGUGUGGGUUGGGGAAAGGAAAUUUUCUCUGCACGUGGUUCAACCUCUUGAGCCAGCUUUCAUCUUUUCAUCCUUUAAGCUUUUGUGCAAUGGGGUGUCUGAAUCUGAUGUCUCACAAUCCCAAGUAAACCUCCUCGAUACCAAAGCCAUCUAGGAAGUCAUCUCUUAUCCACCUUUCUUUUAGCAAUUUUUUUAAUCAUUUCCAGUAACUGGGGCCACUUUGCUUUUAUUCUGUUAUUCAGACACUAGUCAGGUAACUAUGGGGGUAGAGUAACCCAGUCAGAUUUAGUUUAAAGCUAAUGGAAUAAGAAAAUUAUCAGUGUAAAUACUCA